CUUUCAGCUAUAUUAUUUCUCGUAAGAAACACGCGAGAAAGAGAGAUCUUCCUGGUAUUGUUUAGAUUAAUUACUGACCCAAUUGCUGAAAUUUUUCUAACGUCAUCGCCUUAACGAAUUGAAUUAAAGAAUUUAAUGUUUCAUUUUUUUUUUCCUUUUUCAAGGACAGUUCCUUCUGCGAGAUAUAUCACAUAUGAAUUCUUUACUCGGUUAUACGUGGUCUCAUUCGUACAUGAAUCACGCACGAACAUAUUUAACGAGUUACAAGCUAGUACUACGUAAAGGAAAAGAAUCAACAUGAGAAAUAGAAAAAAGCUCGCUCUUUCUCUCAACUCUGUUUUAAUACUUUAUUUUAAUUUAAGUGAUUAAACCAUAUAGACGAACUGCUACGACAACUUCGUCAAAGACGUUGUGUCGUUUUCAAUGUCAGAGUUACGAAUGGAAAUACUUUAUGAAUGGUCGUUACGUUUCUGUAUCCGCCUUUCUUAUUGCGUACAAGCGCACUCUACUUUCGUAGAGAAAUAGAAAAAAAAGAACAUCAUUCAGAAAUACCUUCGUAAAGAAGGAAUUUGUGUAACAAAGUGGAUAAUUGCAGGAAGUGCGGUGGUUUGUAUCAAGCAAAAUGGACAGCAGCAAAGAGCAAAUGUUGAACCAAUACAUCAAAAUCGAAUUAAUGGAAGACAGCCUUCACCCAUAAAUGUUCCAAUGUCAGUUUCAGAACAGUUUAGAGAAUCAUGGUUAACUGCUAUUAUUGGAUCUAUUUUGUUUGCGACUGGCAUGUGCCUGUUGUUUUGGAACGAAGGAAGGGCAGUAAAAGUAGCAUACUCUUUAGACGAAGCCUUACGGAAUGUAGCAGUGCUUUCAAAUCCAUUUAAAUUAUUACCCGAGUUUGAAGGUCGUUUAAUAUAUAUUUCAGGAUCAUUAUCCAUAUCAGAGCCAUUGACUGAACCUGAUUAUGGUAUUAUUGUGUCAAGUGUUAAAUUAAAAAGAAGAGUACAGAUGUAUCAAUGGGUCGAAAUCGAAGAAGAAAGAAGUUUUGGUGGUGUAACGGAAGAAGAGAAACAUUAUUAUUAUACGACAGAAUGGAAGGAUAAGCUUGUAGAUUCUGAUCAUUUUUAUAUUAGAACUGGACACCAUAAUCCAAAAGAAAUGCCAAUCAAAAGUCAAAUACAGAUUGCUAAUGAAGUUAAAAUUGGAGCCUUUAUUCUUGGAUCAGAAUUAAAGAAGAAAUUUAAUGAAUUUGUUGAGAUUACUAGCGACGAGAGACCAGAACGUAAAGAUAUUAAAAUGCAUUCUGGCCUGUAUUAUCAUAGCGCUGAUUUGUGGAAUCCCCAGGUGGGAGACAUUAGAAUACAAUUUUCUUAUGCAGGUAAACAAGGUGAUGUUUACUCUAUCGUUGGCAUGAUGGAGAAAGGAAUUAUUGUUCCUUAUACCACAUCACACGGGGAAGAUAUUUUACUUCAAAGGAAACACAAAAUGACAGUAGAUCAAAUGUUUCACUUAGAACAUGUGCACAAUUACUGGAGAACUUGGAGUAUCAGAAAAUGCAUAACUAUUUUCAGAGGACUAGGCUGGUUAGUCCUAUUUUUGGCAGCAACUUGUUUGGCAAAUAUAUUGAGGACCGUGAUACUUAAUUCAACAUUCUUAUGUGGAAUAAUAGCAAUUGAAUCAUUAACAAUGUCCGUUUCCAUGUCCAUUAGUUUAUUAGUAAUUGGUUUUGCAUGGGUGUGGUAUCGGCCGGUAAUUGGCCUUUGCUUAGCUUUAGCUUCGAUUUUACCAUUUAUUUAUUCAACUUUAAUAGCAGGAUCUCAAUCGCAACAACGUGAUAAUUACAGAAGAUUGUAGUCUUAUGUCAGGUGUAUCAAUAAUGUGUAUAGCAUAUCUAUUUACAAUGCCUUCAUUAUUUUACCUGUAAAUUCAUACAGUUUAUAUGUAUUUUACAUAAAUAGUAUUAUCAAAAAUGCUAAUUUCAUUGUUAAUUAUAUAUAGUUAUUUAUUAAAUAUUUAAGAUAAAAUUUUUGUAUUAAAAUAGUUGUAUAAACAUUGAUUAUCAAAUGUACAAAAUGCCAAAUACAUCAGCUUAUUAAGCAUCAUAAA